AUGCAAUCAGAGAAGAGAAACCUGUUGUUCGAGCCGGUUACGGACCCAGAGUUGAUCAAAUAUACGCAUUUGCAAAAUGGCAGGACAUGGAGACCAGAAUUCUUGUCUAUGGAGGACUACACGAAGCGUGAACAUCUUUUGGGAACAUGCGAAAUUUCAAGCACAAACAAGUGUCAGGAAAUGCAAAAGAGGUUCCCAGAGGGCAGCGAGCUUUUGGGAAUUAAAUACUUUGUGCUGAAAGACCUGAACCUGCCACAAACGUCGAAAACGUCGCAAAUCGUGUCCAGUUGCGAAACGCUAAACCGGGUGGGCUGGGCCGUGACACCCGGAUCCAAGGGUGCCAUUAAACCCGUUCUUUCAGCAUGUAUCGGGGGCGUAUUUACCAUCCCGGAGUUCAGAGCCAAGAGGUUUGGGGCAGAGUUGAUCACUCGUCUCAACGAGUAUUAUGACGGCAUUUCCAAAGCGCCGGGCGCGCCGGAGUUUGUGCAAAAUAUUGUGAUAUUUUUGUACAGCGAAGUGGGCGAGUAUUACAGCAAAUUCGGCUACGUUUCGCGCCCAAUCCCUGUGCAUACGGUGGAAAAACUGGACGCCGUCUUAGAGCUGUACUGUGGCGGGAACAGCGACAGCGACAGCGCAAGUGCGGAGGGUCGCAACAUUGGUUUUGAUUGUGACGAACACUUCAUAGAGCUGGAGAAGCAGAGUUUUGUCAAGGACGUUCAAAACGCGCAUUCUUCCCGCGAGAAUGCAUUUGUGUUCACAUUGGAGCCCUCCAAGGAUAUCUUCAAAUGGUUCCAUCACAGAUCUUUGUAUCAUAAAAAAUUCCUAGAUCCUGCAAGUCCCAGUCGGUUUGGCUACGCCCUUGCUGACGGAAGUCAUAUUGUAUGGCAUUUGAACUAUUGGCCACACCAAAGAUCUCUAUACAUUUUGAAGCUGUACCUCGAAGGAGAUACGGUGGCGAAGAAGGAAGCCAGCCUGAAAAAACUACUAGCACAAGCCAUCCAAGAGGCUCAAGAGCAUGAGGUGAAGUAUUUGCAGUUUUGGGACACUGAAUUGGGGCAGCAAGACUGGAGUAAGCCCUUUAUGAAGUUCCUGCAAAAAGUUGAAGAACCUUCCAAUUUGUACCAAGAAAACUCCUCAAGAAGUGCAAUCAGAGUUGCAAAUGUUAAGGCAGAGGAUAUUGAAUGGAGGAAUAAUGCCAAGUUCUGUUGGUUCUAG